CAGAGCCCAAAUGGUAGUUCAACUUUUGAGCGAUGGUUUCUAUUAAAGACUCAUAACAACGCCAUAACAACACAUGGAAAGAAACGAUGGAAGGUUUUCAUUUGUAGCUUUUUAUAAACUUAUUCAAACAUGACCUGAGAUACAUAAUGUCCGUGUAUCGUAAUUCACAUAACGUUGCUUUUAUUUUGUUGACAAUCGUAAAUGUGGUUCUCACAUAUACACACUGGGUUAUAACUGAUCAUGGCCGAAUUAGAGCAAAGAUUUAUUCAGAAUUACACUUAAAAAGACCAGACAGUCUAAUCAUCUUCAUAAGGACUGAUGAUGAACUGAAGAGAUUAAAAUGUGUAAAAGAUGAAUUAUCAAAUGAAAAGAAAUUACUGGAAGUUGAACGAGAUGAAGAAAAGGUGGAUCUUGUCAUGAAGUAUCAUAGUGAAGAUGAAGAUUGUUUGCUGGCAGGAAAACCAUUGAAAAAGUUUAAUUUGCAAAUUAGCACAAUGAUCCCUUUUGAUACCUUGGGAAUAAGGUACCAGGAUUAUAUAAACUUCAAAAGUGAACUUCCUCAACAGUCGGUCCUGCCAUUCUGUGCAGCUGAUCUCCCAUUCAGUAUGAUAACAAUGGAGCACCUUGAAGGACUUGUGAAAAGAGAUCAAUUGAAAAAUUAUCCCGAAAAAGAUUUAAACAGACAUAUUUUUGCGGAAUAUAAGUUAGAAAACAUUGGACAUAGAAUAAAAUUGUCUUUAGAUAAGAAUGAGACCUCGUGGAUCUUGCUCAAUCUUGCUGCAUUAUAUUGGAGGAUCCAGGGCAAUUCUUUCGAGGCAAUUGAAUGUCUACGAAGAGCGUUGUACUAUUCCUACAGUCAAGGAAGAGGAAUGGCGCUGGUUAGUUUAGCAAAUAUUUUGCACCACACUGGAUAUUCAAAAGAUGCAAGCGUGGCAGUUGAAGCUUCACUUCAUAUUAUGAAUGAUAAAAGAAUAAGCUUUUUCACUCUUGGAAAUAUCUUUGCUAGUCUGGGGAGAUAUUCCUCGGCAGAAAUAUGUUUUAAAGAAGCUUUGGCAAUACAACCUGAUUUUCGAAAUGCACGAAAAAGAUUACACGCUGUGUUGUGUGAACGAAAACUACAGAAAGCUUUGGAGCAACAACAUGACAUUUUAAAGUCAAUUUUGGAGCAAAUGGAGAAAUAUCAAGAAAAGCAACGUCACUAUGAGCAUGAUGAAAACUUAUUGCUUAAUGGCGUCGUACCUGAAGAAUUGCAACUUAAGAAACAUUACCAGAUCCAAAAGGUUUUAUCACAAUUUAGAUAGACAUAUUGUAAAAUUGAAAUGAAUAAAAU